AUGGCUUUUGGAACAAUGUUGGGAAAAGGAUGCAGUAGAAGGGACAAUAUGGGACUUUGGAGACUAGGCCAUGAAAAGCAUUGUAACUUCCUCUUUACUCUCUUUUUUGAUGUACUUCUGGGAGAUGUCAGCUACCAUGUUGUGGAAAGAGGCACACAGGUUGAUAAGCUGAAGCAUCUUGCUAAUGCUGGCAAAGAACUGAGGACUCCAACCAACAGCCAGAUAGAAGCCAAUUGUUGUAUCUUGGAUGGCCUUCUACAAGCUUUUAAGACCUCAGGUGCUGCUGCCACCAUAAAGACUGUGGCCUAUUUCAAUGAGACUGCACAUUUGCCAUGUCAAUUUAUUAACUCUCAAAACUUAAGCCUGGACAAGCUCGUAGUAUUUUGGCAGAAUCAGAAAAUGUUGGUUUUGUAUGAGCUAUACGAAGGCAAAGAGAAAGCUGAUAAUGUUGCUCUCAAGUACAAGGACCGCCACAUACGUUUUGACAAGGAGAAUUUGAUCCUGCAUCUCCACAAUGUUGAGAUCAAGGACCAGGGCAUUUAUGAAUGUGUCAUCCAUCAUAAAAGUCCUCAAGGACUUAAGCAUCUUUUAAAGACGACUGCUAAAUUGUCAGUGAUUGCUAACUUCAGUCAACCAAAAAUAAUGCAAGAUUCUAAUUCAACAGACAAAUCCUAUAACAAUUUGACUUGCUCUUCUACACAAGGUUACCCACUGCCUAAGAAGAUGUAUUUUUUGGUAGAGAGUGAGAAUUCGACUACUACAUAUUUUGCUGUCAUGCAGAAAUCUCAAGAUAAUGUCUCAGAACGCUAUAAUGUUUCCAUCAACUUUUAUUACCCUGGACUUCAUAAUACAACGAAUAUGACAAUCCUGUGUGUCCUCUGUGUCGCAGAUGUACAGUCUUUGCAAUCCCAGACGGCUGAGAUGUGUCUUCAGUCCAAACCUUAUGUUACAGCUCCAAAGUCACCUGAGACACACCAGAUUUCAAAUGACCACAAACACUGGAUUGCUGGCAUCCUUACAGUGAUCAUUGUCGGUAUGAUGGUAGGCGUUCUAGCCCAAUGGAAGAGGAAGAAGAAGCAGCCUGACCUCUCUUAUGAGUUUCAUGAAUGUGAAAUAGCACUACUGGAUGACUUUAACGAACAGAAAUUUAUUCUCUCGCACUUUAGGAGACUAGAAGUUUGA